GGAUGCGAGCCGUCGGCGUCAGGCCUUGGAACUCUCCACCAUGCGGGCGCUCAGAGAAUUGUAUUUGAAUGGUUCGAAGCUCACGGACGAAGGGGCCAAGGCGCGGUUGGGUUUUCUGCUGCACGGAAAGUCAGAGGCUGGACCGUUGCCCGGCUUCCGCCAGGCCCUGGCCGAGCACUGCAAAGGCCACGGUGCGCUGGAAGAGCUUCUGCUCAGGAGAAACCAGAUCGGGGAUGUCGGGGCCCAGGCGUUGGCGGAGGCCGUGCCCACCAUGACCGCGCUGCGAAUUCUGUAUCUGGAAAGUAACAAGAUCCAGGCCAACGGCCAAGAGGCGUUUGG